AUGGCUACUUCUGCUCCAUUCCGACGUGAGUCUGCUCUUGACAAACAACAAUACAAACAAGAUCACACCGAAGCUCACAAUUGCCCUCUAGGUCUUGUCCGUUUCGUGCCUCGAUCCGACCCAUCCAAGGUUCUCAUCGGUCAACCUGAAGAUGACAACCUUGAUAUCGGUGUCGCCCUGAGGAAAGGCCAGGAAGUCCCUGUCAAGGUCUUUUCCGGGACUUCUGUGCUGUCUCCGGGCCAAGACACCGGCAUCAGUGCCAUCAUUGAUCGAGUUCUGUCACCGUUGAGCGUGUCUGAGGUCGGCACGAUCCGCUGCAUUGGGUUGAAUUACAAACAACACGCCGCCGAAGUCAACAUGGCUCUUCCCACGGUGCCCACGGUCUUCAUGAAACCAAACACGUCGCUCGGCGAUCCAUGGCCUGCACCCACCGUCCUCCCAAAACUCUCACAGCUCGAUGACUGUGCUGACUACGAAGCCGAGCUCGCCGUCGUGAUUGGCAAGGCGGCCAAGAACGUGUCCGAAGCCGAUGCGAUGGACUACGUGCUCGGGUACACGGCAUGCAACGACAUCUCGAGCCGCAGCAGCCAGUUUGCGCAGAGCCAGUGGUCUUUUUCCAAGGGAUUCGACGGCGCCUGUCCGAUCGGGCCAGCCCUCGUGUCACCCUCCUUGAUUCCUGAUCCGUCCAAACUCCAUGUCCGCGGCCUGAAGAAUGGAGAAGUCCUGCAGGACUGUGGGACGGAUGACCUGAUCUUUUCGGUCCCCAAGCUCAUUAGCUUCCUGUCUCAGAGCACAACGCUGCCGCCGGGCACCCUGAUUGUCACUGGGACGCCGGCCGGGGUGGGGAUCGUGCGGAAGCCGAAAGUCACCCUCAAGGCAGGCGAUGAGUUUGCCGUCGAAAUCAAGCCGUACAUUGGAACAUUGAUCAACACGUUUGAGAAUGAAGAGUGA